UUGUAACAGAACACGACAUUCUCGGUCGGACAAACUUCUCAACAGAUAUCAACAAUGGCACCGUCAUCAUCUCUCAUAGCGAAGCUCAAAGUCCAGCUCAAGCUCUCGAUUGCGCGGCUGCGCAUGGUACAACAGAAAGAUGAAGCUGUAUCCAAGCAACAACGUCGGGCUAUGGCACAACUUCUCGAAGCUGGGAAAGUGGAGUCUGCGAAGAUCCGUGUCGAGAAUAUCAUUCGGUCGGACAUCACUACGGAACUACACGAAAUCCUCGAGUUGUAUUGCGAGCUAUUACUAGCACGGACGGGACUGAUGGAAGGAGCUACUUGCGACGCGGGCUUGGAAGAGGCUGUCAAGAGUCUGAUAUAUGCAGCGCCACGAACGGAUGUCAAGGAGUUACAGACCGUACGAGCUUUGCUGUGCGAUAAAUAUGGAAAGGAGUUUGCGCUGGCAGCGAUGGAGAAUACCGACGAGAAAGUUAGCGAAAAGGUGCUGAAGAAACUGACAGUCACACCACCUGCCCAGGAGCUCGUGAACGGAUAUCUAGAAGAGAUCGCGCGGACAUAUGGUGUUGACUGGCCGAAGAAAUCCAAGGAUGAUCUUGGAGAUCCACCAGAUUUCGUAGACGAUGAUGAUGAGAAUCCAAGUGGUGGACAAGCACAGAAGAAUCUUGAGGAACCACUAUUAGCGGAUGGGUCGGUAAAGGAUAAAGAGGUCGAGGAAAGAGAGGCGCUGAGUAAAGCGACGCCGCCGAGGAACUUUGGACCAAGUUCGCCGUUAAGAGUCAAUCCACCGAGUCCUAGCACAGACAAUCUACACCCAAGAGUGAAAGGGACGUUGGAUCUGAAGCCCACGAAAAAGAUGCAGGAUGUGGGCACGGGGAAGGGAACUCAGAGCAAGGGACCUGUUGGCGGGACGAUACCAGACGUGGAUGAGUUAGCGAAGAGGUUUGCAGCAUUGAAGAAGUAGGUGAGGUUAUUAUAGGCAUUGUGGGAGUAUUGGAGUCGGCGGGAACUCAUGGAUCAGUGUAUCAUCUUUAAGCCGGACUUUAUGCAGCGUUUCAAUGUCUGAAAGAGUUCUGAUGUCUCAUUUCCCUAUGAAUGC